GCGUCGCCACCGGCCUACAAAUUUGUAGAUCUCCCUUCUCCCUUGGAAGAACAAGAAGAAGAAGAAGAGGCAUUUCCAGUCAGCUAUCAAUGGCCUCUGAUUUACCCCCUUUGCGGCUCAGCCCAAGGUGUGAUGGCUGGUAAGGCUGCUGUAAUUGAAGCUGUUGCUGUUCCAUCCCAUCGAAAAGAUUCCCAUCUUGACGAUGCGCCAAAUGAAGUGAUCAACUCUCAUAUUGAUUUGCUGCCAGAAAAUUGUGACCUCCCAGCAUUUGAAGAUUGGGUAAAGGGUACUUUACCAAUAAAACCUUGGUAUAUUGAAGGUCCUGUUAUUAAAGGAUUUGGUCGCGGCUCUAAGAUGCUUGGCAUCCCUACAGCUAAUUUAUCAACCGAAGGCUAUUCAGCUGUCCUUUCGGAACAACGUUCAGGGGUAUAUUUUGGUUGGGCUGGAUUAUCCACACGAGGCAUUUACAAGAUGGUCAUGAGUGUUGGUUGGAAUCCCUACUUCAACAAUGCUGAGAAGACCAUAGAACCAUGGUUGCUUCAUGAAUUUGGUGAUGAUUUCUACGGCGAGGAUUUGCGCCUUGCUGUUGUUGGGUAUAUACGGCCUGAGGCCAAUUUCCCAUCGCUAGAGAGAUUGAUAGAGAAGAUUCAUGAAGACAGGCGAAUAGCGGAGACGGCCCUUGAAUUCCCCAUGUACUCAAAAUAUAGGGAAGACCCAUAUCUGAAAAGCAGCUCUUUGCCUGGGGAUAUCGGAUGUCUAUAGCUUCUGCAAUAUACUGGAUUUUGGAUCUCACUGUCACUGGGUAUGUAAAAUUCAAUCACUUGAACGAUAAGUACACACCUGUUUCCCCUAGUGAUUCAUAUUUGAUGCUCUUUUGCAUCAAAGUUCA